GGGCGGGCAGGCAGGCGCUGGCCCUCUCGUUUAUGGAGCUUGGGCCCCUGUCACAGCCCAGCAGAGGCUGUGGAGGCCAGCCAUCCGGAAGCCUGGUUCUCAGCCCCGGGAUCCAUCCCUGGCUACCGGGAGCGGAGGCUCCCGCAAGGUAGCCGUGGCCAGCAGCGGUCCCCUCCCCACAGUGAGCCAUGGGUCAGAAGCUCUCUGGGAGCCUCAAGUCUGUGGAGGUGCGGGAGCCAGCACUUCGGCCGGCCAAGCGGGAGCUCCGAGGCUCAGAGCUUGGGCGGCCGGCGAGGCUAGACCAGCUGCUGGACAUGCCUGCUGCGGGCCUGGCAGUGCAGCUGCGACACGCGUGGAACCCUGAGGACCGUUCACUCAAUGUCUUCGUCAAGGAUGACGACCGCCUCACCUUCCACCGGCAUCCGGUGGCCCAGAGCACAGAUGGCAUCCGCGGCAAGGUGGGCCACGCCCGGGGUCUGCACGCAUGGCAAAUCCACUGGCCCGCUAGGCAGCGGGGUACCCACGCUGUGGUGGGCGUGGCCACGGCCCGUGCCCCUUUACACUCGGUGGGUUACACCGCGCUGGUGGGCAGUGACUCCGAGUCGUGGGGCUGGGACCUGGGUCGCAGUCGCCUUUACCACGACGGCAAGAACCGGCCUGGGGUGGCGUAUCCUGCCUUCCUGGGACCAGAUGAGGCCUUUGCGCUGCCGGAUUCCUUAUUGGUCGUGCUGGACAUGGACGAAGGCACGCUCAGCUUCAUCGUGGACGGCCAGUACCUAGGUGUGGCCUUCCGUGGCCUCAAGGGCAAGAAACUGUACCCGGUGGUGAGUGCCGUGUGGGGCCACUGCGAAGUCACCAUGCGCUACAUCAAUGGCCUUGACCCCGAGCCCCUGCCGCUGAUGGACCUGUGCCGGAGAUCUAUCCGCUCAGCCCUGGGCAGGCAGCGCCUGCGGGACAUCGGCUCCCUGCCUCUGCCUCAGUCUCUCAAAAAUUACCUGCAGUACCAGUGAGCGGCGCUAAAGACCUGCCGUCAUCCGUGGUCACGGAGCACCUGGCUCCAGAGCGUCAGGACAGGCCAAGGACGCGGAAGAGGACUGCCUGUCAGUUGCCCUUGCUGCCAUCAGCAGGGACCAGGAGGCCACCUAGUCAACCAGAGUGUAGAGACCAUUUCUUCCUCAAGAGAAUGAAUAAAACAUUUGGCAGGAGACGGCGUCCUGUUCCCCACUGCAGACAGGCCCAGGAAGAUUGGCCAGUGGAGAGAAAAUAGCUUCUGAAUAAUGAAUGAUGGAAGCGAGUCCUUGAUGGUCCCAUCCGUGUCUGCCCCUGGCCAGGGCAGAGAGAUUACCCUUCCAUUUUAAGACUUAGUACCACUUUGAGAGAAAAGUCCCCAGGGACCACAGCGGUGCAGAAGCGCCUGGGCUUAGCUCUCUGAGCUGGCUUCCUCACCCCUUCCACCAUGGACAGAGCCCUUGGGCUGUCCCCACCCCUCUCUUCAGGGACUUGAGUCUGAUGACUUGCCCCAGGGACAGAGCUUAUUCUAGGGUAUGAUGGUUUGUUUUUUUGGUUUUUUUUGUUUUGUUUUGUUUUUUUUUUUUUUUAAGUAGCAUUUGCAUUUUGAAAGAGGAGUGUGGGGAAGAUGGCUUUCUCCCAAAGGUGCUAAGGAGGAUGGGGGCCUCAUGACGUCAAGUCUGAGAUACCCUGAGCGCCCCAGGCUCUGGCAGCUGCCACUCAGGGUAAAGCCUGGCUGUCACAAAGCUUUCUUUGAGCAAAUUAUUUUUUCACUCUAGGAGACUCCCACAGUUUGUUUGUCGAUUCCAAUACGUGUGUAACGUGCUGUUUAUUUAUCAGCCAGAGGCCUGGCGGUGUGGCCUUGGGACUGGCAGGGCGGCUCAGCUGUGACACAGUCUCUGCAGGACCCGAGACCUAUCCUCUCACAGAACGUUGCUGCUGCUGUUGCUGCUCCUGCCAGUGCCACCACUCGGCCACCACUCGGCACCGGCAUCAUCGGUGUGUUCCAGAUACUUUCCACCCAGACCCGGUUUUAACUGGAAAACGUCACACUGUGGGCCAGAGCCGGACAGUGCAGCUUCCACUUUAAUGUGAAUGUGACCUAUACGCAAGGAACAUUUCUAAUAAAGUUUGUC